AUGGUCUUCUUGAGUGGGACGUACUCUCCUUCUGUCGGCUCCUUGGACACUGGUUGGACCCUCGCUGACUUCUGGAGGGCUCCUGGACCUGGGUCUCGUCUGGUACUGUCGGGCGGGACGCCGGCCUCCCUGGAGAGGAGUCUGGAGUGUCCUGAGUCUGACAUGGUCAUGGACCUGUUUUUUGGCUUCCUGGCUUGGGAACCCCUUGACCCUGUGGUUUCUGCACGGCAACUGGUUGGGAUCUGUUGGGACUCUGGAAUGCCUGGAUUGGGGGCGGGGGUUUCUGAUUGGUGGGGGGUUGGGGUCGCGGGGGGGUUCCUUGGGUCCUGCCUUUGGGGGCCGGGGGGGGCGGCGCGUGGGGGGGGGGGGGGGGGGGGGUGGGGCGGGGGGUGGGGGGGGGGGGGUCCUGGGGGGGGGGGGGGGGAGGUCGGGGGAGGCGCGGGGGCGGGGGUGGUGGGGGUGGGGGGGGGGUGGUGGGGGGGGGGGGGGGGCCGGGGGGCCUCAGUCCAAGCUCAGGAGAAGGCCCAGACCCCGCCCCCUCGCUACAGACCCCGCCCCCUCGCCACAGACCCCGCCCCCUGGCCACUGACCCCGCCCCCUGAGAGUGGUUUUAAAAAGAACCUGAUGUAUUUACUCAGAGUCAGGUGUGUCAGAACCAGGAGCGGGAAAGGCUUUGACCGGGCUGUGACCCACCGCCUCCCGCCGCCUCUCGCCCGCUCACCUCUCCUUCACCCCUCCCUCCAUCCAUCAUCCCGGGACAGAGCAGGCCCCCCCGCCGCCCGCCGGCCAAUCACACGCCUCCGAAACACAAGCAGGAAACAAAACGCUGUCAUCGGCUCUGGGCCUGCGUCUGUCCGGGCCGCGGCGUGA